AGGGCCGUGGUAGCAUAAUGGUCAGUGCAUUCGCUUGGACAGCGAAAGGUGCGGGUUCAAUUCCUAUCUGCAGAGUGGUCCGCGUGGUUUUUUUUCUAGUAAUUUUUGAAGUGAAAACUUCGUUAGCGGCGUUGUACACUUUUUUCUGUAUGGGUUAAAAAUGUUUCUUUUUAGGACGUCCACGUGGCAGCUUUAUUGCGAAGAUAAUGCAUUUUUUUUACAAUAGAUGUCGCUAGGUGCGAUUAAAUGUGGUUCAUAUGUGCUCUGUUGAAGAGUUGGCGUUGCAUCUUUUUGACGCCGGAGCGGUGAGGCUGGGCGAUAUUGAAGCCAAGCAGGGACGCAGGACACCAGUGUACUUCGACCUCAGGGUAGUGGUGUCGCAUCCCACUGUCAUGCUGGCAACAGUUAAACAUUUACAAAAGAUGGCUUCCGAAAUAAACCACGACAUUCUGUGUGGGGUGCCGUAUGCCGCCAUGCCGCUCGCAGCCGUCAUGUCUGUCAACGCCAACACUCCAAUGGUCAUGAAAAGAAAAGAAGCAAAAAAUUACGCAACUAAAAAACUACUCGAAGGAGUGUUUCAGAAAAAUCAAAACUGUCUCGUUAUAGAAGACGUAGUGACAUCUGGCGGUAGCUUACUAGAAACUGUGGAUGCUUUGCGUGCCGAAGGUUUGGUCGUCACACACGCCCUAGUAGUUCUCGAUAGGGAACAAGGUGGCGCUAGUGUACUAAAAGCAAAUGGCGUCGAAGUUAAGGCUUUGUUCACAAUGACGAAUUUGAUUAAGUUACUAAGAGAUGCCGGCAAAAUUACAAAUAAUACAGUUGAAAUAAUUUCAGACCAUAUAAGAAUAUGCCAAUUUGGUAGUAUUGGUUAAAUCUCUAUUUUAAAUUUAU